CAGCAGAGGAAGAACGGAACGGAAGAGGGAGGGGAGAGAGCGGAAAAGACCGAAGUAACCUUAACCUCUUGUCGAAUUUUCCCUCUUCUCUCCCCAUCGACUCCGUUCACCAUGAACGAGAAGGCCAACGUCUCCAAGGAGCUCAAUGCCAAGCACAGAAAGAUUAUUGAAGGUCUUCUUAAGUUGCCAGAGAAUAGGGAAUGUGCAGACUGCAAAGCCAAAGGUCCAAGAUGGGCCAGUGUGAAUUUAGGUAUCUUUAUAUGCAUGCAAUGUUCUGGGAUACAUAGAAGUCUGGGGGUACACAUAUCAAAGGUUCGAUCUGCUACCCUGGACACAUGGCUUCCUGAGCAGGUUGCAUAUAUUCAAUCAAUGGGAAAUGAGAAGGCAAAUGGUUUCUGGGAAGCUGAGUUACCGCCCAACUAUGAUAGAGUUGGAAUUGAGAAUUUCAUCCGUGCUAAGUAUGAAGAGAAGAGAUGGAUUCCUAAAGAUGGAAUACCCAAAUCACCUCCAAGAGGGCAGGAUGAAAGGGUUUCUGUUGUGGAGCGGAGACAUGUAGAGAGGGGUGGACAAGGGUAUGCCAAUGGUCCAGAAAGCUCAUUUGAGGAAAGGAAGACUGUUCAGAUGUCUAGGAUAAAAGAAAGUACUCCUGCAGUAGCAAUGAGUGUUCCUGUUCCUCCCAAAGGACUUGAGCAGGUUAAGCCCCUCCCAAAGCCUCAACAUGUUGUUCAGAAACCUGAACUAACAACAGUUGCACCGGGAAUAGAGGCAACGACGCAAACUGUAGAUGCUGCACCUGCAGUCACUCCCCCUAAAGUUAAUUAUGCAACAGACCUUUUUGACAUGCUAUCCAUGGAUGAUGGUCCAAGUGAAAACAAUUCAGAGGCAGCUUCUGGUGAUGAUAAUGCUUGGGCAGGUUUCCAGUCUGCUGGAGAAGCAUCCACCAGUGACACAACUGGUCUGGCAAAACCGACUGAGAGUAAUGCUCAAUCGGCUGCUGGAAUUGAGGAUUUAUUUAAUAUCUCUGCUUCAGCAACAACUCAAGUUGCAGAGAAGCCCCAAAAAAAUGUAAAAAAUGAUAUUAUGAGCCUUUUCGAGAAGUCAAAUAUGGUGUCACCCUUUGCCAUGCAUCAACAACAACUUGCUAUGCUGGCACAGCAACAGUCCCUUCUUAUGGCUGCUGCAGCUAAAUCUGUCCCUGGAAGUACUCAACAGGGGACUAACAUCCCCACUCAGCAGCAACUUGCUAUGCUGGCACAGCAACAAUCUAUUCUUAUGGCAGCUGCAGCUAAAUCUUUUCCUGGAAGUACUCAACAUACUGCAUCCAAUGGGACCAACACACCCACUCAGACUUGGCCAAAUAUUGGCCACCAGAUUCCUGGGACAAUGAUGCCAAUGGGUGUGCAGGCUGAUAUGCAGAAACUUAUGCAGGCUAUGAACAUGGGACCAACAUAUGGAACAGGAAACUCAGUUCCAUACCCAGCAUCCAGCUUUCAUUCAUUGGCACAAGCAACUCCGGUCAAUGGUGUUGCUACCAGCGGAACAAAUAAAACUCAAUCAACAACCCCAAUCUCAACAUCCAAUUCCUCACAAUCAGGUAAAGAAUAUGAUUUUUCCUCAUUGACACAAGGGAUGUUCACAAAACACUGAGCGAGGGCUUGGGGAGCAAUACAGCGUGGGUUGUCAUACUACUACACCAAAAAUAGUAACGUCACAGAAAACUAGUUCUUGAAAGUUUUUCUUUUUCCCUCUCCUUGCUGGGGAUUGUAAACUAUUUGUAGAGGCAGUUGCAGUUUUUACUUUCGUAUUUGGGUGUUGGCUUCAUUUGUAUUAUGAGUAGAGAGGUAUUGAAAUAAUAAAAGCUGAGUUUAGAUUUAUUGGAUUAAUCAU